AUGUGAGUGUCAAAGAGCAAGGUGAGCGUGUGUAUGUGCAGUGUGUGUGACGGAAUAUAGAGAUAUUUUGUUUUGUACUGUUUGCUUAAACAUAAAAGACGAUAAAUAUAUAUAAUUAGUUAGAAAUGUCCUACCUGGCCAGUUUCAAUAAUGAUAGUGCAAAGCAAAUUCUUAUGGAUAUAAUACGCACAGUGAAUCAACCUGAAAACUCUAAAAAACUAUCCGAAGCAAAAGCGUCAGCGGGCAAAGAAAUGAUUCUAAUGAUGCAGCAUGUCUUCCCACUGGUCAUGCAGUUGCAGCUGGAGGUAAUCAAGCUGCACGGCUUUCCCGGCAAUCGUGAGGGGCUCGUCCAGUUCUCGCAGCUCAUACGAGAAAUGGAGCGCGACGACAUGGAAAUCGCACGCCUGCGCAGCCAGAUUCGAGCUAUUUACUUGCCACCUAUAGCUAUUAACACUACCAACGAUAUACUCAUCUGAAUGGUCUAUUCUCUGAGCACAUUAAAGAGACUGCAAUAGUAUUAAGUA